ACUGUAUAUAUUUAUGGAGACAAGCAGAAGAACCCUUUUUGGUUCUUCUUGGCACCUGUUUUCUAUGAGUGUAAUUUUGGGAUUCUAUUAUUUUAUCACUGUGGUUAAUGCACAUCCUAAGGUAAACAGCUAAACUGAUAUGCUAUAUUAAAUAUAGUAUAAUUCUUUGUUAUAUGACCAUCAUUUUCCAGAUAUUUUUGUGUUUAAAGUGAAGCGUUUUUUCAAUGGAGUACUGCAAUGGCAGCCUACAGGUGGAAAAUUAGGGACCCUGAAUAAAACAUGUUUUAAAACAUUAUUUGAUAGCGAAGGACACGUUCAACCAAACGAAGCAACUCCAGCGCCUGCUCAGGUCAGUUUUCAUUGUUGAGACUGUGUUUCUCCCAUUGACUCUCUCUGCUUUCUGGGCACCUGCGCUUGCUAGCCCGCCCUCCUGCAAACAUACUGCCUACUGAGGUCCCCCCCUUUUCUCUACUGUAGAAAACAGGUUUUCCAGCACUUGCCAGAGCUGCUCGCAAUGGACAGCGUUGUGAAGAUACAAUGAUCUCUUUCUCAGCACGACCACUUGAAUGAAAUCACUGUUGACAAGCGGUCUUAACACAGAACCGAGAGAGACCGAGAGGGAGAGUGAGAGACCAAGAGGGAGAGUGAGAGACCGAGAGGGAGAGUGAGAGACCGAGAGGGAGAGAGAGAGAAGGAGAGCUCUGUGGACUAUCUUUGACACAAAGAAACAGGGUUUUGAACCUGCAAACCGAGGAGCUUCUGUCACAUCUCUAGUUGCUCUACAUCUAGAAUAGCCAAGAUGGAAGAAGAUUUGGAUGACGGUCAGACUCAGAAAGGAUGCCUGGAGUGCUGCAUCAAAUGCCUGGGUGGCAUCCCGUACCCGUCGCUCAUCGCUACCAUCCUUCUGUAUGCUGGGGUGGCACUGUUCUGCGGCUGCGGGCACGAGGCCCUCUCCGGGACCGUCACCAUCCUGCAGAACUACUUUGAGGUGGUCCGGGGACCCGUGGAUUCCUUGGACGUGUUCACCAUGAUUGACAUAAUCAAGUAUGUGAUCUAUGGCAUCGCCUCAGCGUUCUUUGUCUAUGGCAUUCUGUUGAUGGUGGAGGGCUUCUUUACCAGCGGAGCCAUCAAGGACCUGUAUGGAGACUUCAAGAUCACCACCUGUGGACGUUGCGUCAGUGCUUGGUUCAUCAUGCUGACGUACAUCUUCAUGUUGGCUUGGCUUGGGGUGACAGCGUUCACCUCCCUCCCCGUCUUCAUGUACUUCAACAUCUGGAGCAUUUGCCAAAACACCACCAUCUUGGAGGGAGCCACUCUGUGCUUGGACCCGCGCCAGUAUGGUAUUGUGCCAAUUGGGGAGGGGAAAACUGUAUGCGCUGGUUCUGAGAAGUUUUACAAGAUGUGUGAAUCAAAUGAGCUGGACAUGACAUUCCACCUGUUCAUUUGUGCCCUGGCUGGUGCUGGAGCAGCUGUCAUUGCUAUGAUCCACUACCUGAUGGUGCUGUCGGCCAACUGGGCAUACGUGAAGGACGCUUGCAGGAUGCAGAAGUAUGAGGACAUCAAGUCCAAAGAAGAGCAGGAGCUCCACGACAUCCACUCCACCCGCUCCAAGGAGCGUCUCAAUGCAUACACAUAAGGCCAGCGUGAGGCCUGGCCCUGCCACCCUGCCCCCCUCCCUUCCCCUCCUCUCCACCAUCCCCUGAAGAGGGGGGUGGGUGGCGCCCGGGGUCCUCGCCCCCUCUGAUGUCACUGGUGCAUCAUAUGACAAAGUGGUCCGGGGGACCCUCAUACAACCCCCCAAACAGCAUUUCAGAUGACAAGCCCCAUUAUCACUCUCAUGGACUGCAUUAUUAUUAUUAUUAUUAUUAUUAUCAUCAUCACCUGUAUUAUUGUGUUUUUUAUAGUGUUUGGUAGUUUAGUACGUAGUAGAAUUAGAAGUAGCUAGCAGCAGUAUUUUUCGUUUACGUUUUUACUUUGGAGAACUUUUAUUUGUAUUUUAUCUAGUGUCAUCAUUUUUCCUUCUUGUAUUAUUUAUUUCUCUUCAUUUUUGAGGUGGUUAGUUGGGGCUUAAAAGGGUUUCAAGCACAUUUCUCGUGUUUGUGUGUCUAUUUAGAUUUUAAAGAACUAUGUAAAUGGUGGGUGAUCAGUUUUGAAGACUUCAAUAUUUUCAAUCACACAGGGGAACUUUUAAAGCUCCUGAAGCCUUUACAUACCAGUACUGCCAGGGAUCUAAAUCAUAACUUUGAAGUGAAAGAAAUUUGAAUCGUAUUUUAAUUUAUUUUUAAUAUUUUACUCCGGUUACACGAUAGUGUUACCAAAUUUUUAUUAACAAAAAAUAUUAUUUUCUUGCUGUGCCAAGCCUGUUAAUCAGUAAAAACUUAGGUCAAUAUCAAGGAAGAAAUUAGUCCCCAAAAUGAUAAACAAUUUAUUAUUUUGUUACUAUAUGAGGCAUCUUGCGAAUUUAAAGCUGUGUAUCUACUGUAACGCAGGGCUCUCCAACCCUGAGAGCUAACAUCCUGUAGGUUUUCACUCCAACCUUAAUCUAGCACACUUGAUUGUAAUAAUUAGCUAGUUGAUCAGCUGCAUCAGAUUAGUUACAACUGAGGUUGGAACAAAAACCUACAGGAGGGUAGCUCACAAGGAACAGGGUUGGAGAACCCUGUUCCAAGGACUGGGAAUGAUUCGAUUGUCUUUAAUCAUACGCCACACAAGCACAUGCAAAUAUGUUCUCAUACCCUCUUUUUUUUAUUUCAUAAAGUUGAACUUUAUAAAUACUAGUAUAAAACACGUUUUUGCAGAUUCUGCGCUGUAUAUAUUGAGAUAUAAAUGCAUACUUAUAUGUUUAGCACUACAAAUUCAGGACAAUUCAUAAGAUAAUUAAAAUAAGUUACUGUGGUUGAAUCCACUAGUGAUCUCUCAGUCUUACAAAAAUCUCGAUGCUAAAAAAAGUUGUCGGUGUAACAUGUCACUUUUUGGUGGAUUCAUCAGACGUCAGAAAAGUGUGUGUCACAACAGUAAGUUAUUUUGUUUAUGACGUUAAAAGUUUGAUUGUCUUGCUUAUGCCAUAGGACUCCGAAGGUGGCCUACCAUUUCAUUGCCUGGCAAUAUUUGUUUUAUCAGUAUUUCUAAGAGCUAGUUUUGGGAACUUAUUUGACCAUUUCUGUGCUCUCUCUAGGUGUAAGCGCAUUGAUGUUCAACUCAGAGUUGGAUAACUGUAAUGUUAGGUAAAGACUGUGAAUUUAGAUGUUUUUCGUGGCAUGGACAUGCAUUAAUGGUAUAGAAUUAUUAACUCAAAAGUCAUUUUAUUUACACUUUGCCUGUCUUGCCGUGUCAACCCUUUAUGUGCAGUACUACCCCCCCCCACGCUAACAGCAUUAUACUACUGAUAUUAGACUGUAUUGUUUGAGUUGUCUCUGUUUAGUUUGUGAUGAGCUAUCAACCAUGUCUUAAACUGAUUCUUGUGCCAACGUUGCUUCUACAGUAAAUGACUUGACAAUGUUGUCGGCUUUAUCCUCGUAUUAGUCUUUUGUACUUUCACAAGAAUGCUUACUUAAGUAGUAGCAGGAUUUCAAUUGGAAAAAUGUGCUUGCAUAAAUAAAAAUGACUUGUGUACUUGUUAAUAAAUA